GCCUCUCAAAAACUCUGAAUCUGCUAGCCGUCCUGAUCUAUUUCUGUUAUCGACUCGUAAGGCCGUUUGUAGUUUUUAUGUCGCCUGCUCGCUUUCACUUCUGAACAGAACGUCGAGGAAAUCCAGGAACUACUAAUAAAGUGCAGCACCUGGAUUUAUUAGCCAAUUUAGGUAACAUUUUACCCUAGGUUUUGUCGACAGUUCUAGCUAAUGGGAUGGCCACCGCGCCACAGUCCUCACUUCAGAUGAGGUCGACAGAUCUCAUCAAAAAAGAGCCCCUGGACUAUGGAGCAUUUGGAGAGGUUUACCUGUGCUACCAUGUUACCCUUGGGCAGGUGGUCUUGAAGACGAUGUAUACGGGUUGUCUUCGCAACGAGGAGAGUAAAAGAUCACUGCUGGAGGAGGGGAACAUUAUGGCAAGUCUGAAUCAUGAGCGAGUGGUCAAGUUGCUGGGUGUGAUCAUGGAGGACAGAGACUGCUCGCUAGUUAUGGAACUCAUCCCCAGAGGCAACCUGUUGGACAUGCUACAAACGGUCUCUGUACCUUUAUCAAUCAAGGGCAGAAUCAUUUUAGAGAUUUUGGAAGGGAUGAUUUACCUCUCAGAGAGACGUGUCAUUCACAAGGACAUCAAGCCAGGAAACAUUUUAGUUGACAAGGAUUUUCACAUCAAGAUUGCUGACCUGGGCCUGGCCACCUGCCAAACAUGGAGCAAACUCACAAAGGAAGAGUCUCGCAGGAGGAGUCGUAUAACCCAAUCAGCUGAGGCGAGAGGUGCCGGGACUUUGAGCUACAUGGCUCCCGAGCACCUGGAGAGCAUACACACAGCCUCCACUGAGAAGUCUGAUGUCUACAGCUUUGCGAUCGUGAUUUGGGUCGUUCUCACAGGGGAGGAGCCAUAUGCGAAUGCCAGGAGUGACGACCAGAUCAGCCAGUGUGUUCGUAAUGGAGACCGACCAGCCGAGGACCAGAUUCCAGGCGACACACCUGCGGAAAUAAUUGAGCUUAUGAAGAUGUGCUGGAGUCACAAUCCGCAGCAACGACCAACAUUUAAAGAGGGCUACAACCUCUUCCUUCCUUUCUACAAGGAAAAGCUUGAACCGCAUGUAGAGGAAGAUUUACUUAAUCUGAGGGAAUCAUAUGAAGGCCCAGAUGAACUUGUCGAGAAGAUGAAAUCUUUAUCAAUGACUAGUGAAUGUUUUUCAGCAGAUUGCCCUGCUCCUUUGGUGAGUUCAGAAAGAAGUGUACCUGAGCCAGUUGAAGCCAGUAUUGAGGACCUGCAUGACAUCCAGUGUAAACCAUCAAUGGAGUCUAUUCAGACAGAUGCAAAGGUACACAACAACCCUUCAGCUUUGGAUGAGAAACUUCAUCGGGAGCUUCAGUACCACAAAUACGGAAGCUAUAACUGUGAGAACCAGCUUGACCCUGCAAACUCCUACCAACAACAACACAAUACUUCAAACCCUUUCCUACAAAACCAUACAGCCACUUCAGAUCAUGCUGUAAGGCUACCUGAACAACCUGUAUCCUCCGUUCACUCCUGGACUAAAGCCGAGCCAGUCCAGCCUAUCAGCCACGAAGAGGCCUUGUAUCGCCCCACUGAUGGACUCUACCAGUCCAUGAGCUCUACCAUACUGACUCCAUCCCAUUUGCCAAUGUCUGCCAGCAGUCCUUCGCUAUCACAGUUUAACCAGCAACAUCCACAUUCCCAUUUUGACCGUCAGCAGUCUUGGCCAACUUACCCGGUGUCCGAUACAUCUGCUCCCGACCUUACUCCAGGGCGUCUCUUGAGCCCUUGCAAGAGCGGCUUGUCACCAGAUCUAGGGUCCGUUUACAUUCAGAAUGCCAGGGGGAUCCAGAUUGGAAGCAACAACACGAUGAGUAUCACAGGUUCCGAGUCCUCCCUUAGUUUAUUAUCUACACCUGCUAACAGCUCGGCUAACUCUCUCAUCCAAGAAGGCAUUCUGAAAUAUGAUGUCUCUUCACUGUGUCAUCCAGAGGACCACGCUGUGACUGAGGAGCAUCUGGAACUGCUGAGGGACAACAUUGGGACCAACUGGAAGCGCUGUGCACGGCAACUAGGUCUGACCAGUGUGGAAAUAGAGACCAUACACCAUGACUACUACCGCGAUGGUCUGCCGGAGAUGGUGCAUCAGAUGCUGGAGCGCUGGAAAAUGAAGGAGGGAAGUAUUGGCUGUACGGUUGGAAAGCUGUCUCGAGCUCUGAGCGGAAGCAUUAAGGUAGAUGUCAUCCACAAAAUACUGGAGACCUGCGGCUCUUCUUCCUCGAUCUCGUAAACUUUUUUCACCCGACAUAUUUGCCUCGUCCCCUCUAAAUAACUUUCUAACUCUGGUCACUGUAUGUUUGGAAUAGACUCAAUUUAACUAAAAGAAACAAAACAAAAAGUAUAAAAGGAUAUGUAUUGGUUCUAUAUGGUUUUGGUAUAUCAUCUGGGGUGGCUCCAUUUACAGUAGAGGUGAACAAAAUGUUGUUUUGCUCAAAACACUGAAAAUGGCAUAUAAAACUCGAUAGAUCAACUUAAAAUAGCCAUAAAUAAUAUAAAUAUAUGUUUGUUUGUCAUGAUAACCAUGCUCACUACCUUUUAUAAGGAAAUUGUCCUUGGCAGAUAACUGUUGGUUAGUCACUCAUUUUAAUAAACUGAUCACAUGGAUUUAACUAAUAUAGUUCAAAAGUUCAAAUCUUUUUUUCAAACUACCAAAGGACUUUUCCUACCAAGCUUAUGUUUAUGAGCAGAAGAGAUUCACUGUGGUCAGGGGUUCAGGUUCUCCUAAUCAUGGAAUUUCAAAAUGAUUUUCAUUUUGUAAUUUACUAUAAAGUAAAAAAAAAAUACCCUGAAUAAUUGUCAUGUCAAUGGCAUGUGAAUAAUUCUUAUUCAUAUGCCAUUGGCAUGGCAUGUAACAAGUCAAAGCAAGAAUUAUUACAUAAGUGAUAUUUUUACUGUAAACAUUGUCAAGCAUUUGUUUUUCAGAAAUUGUACUAAGCAAUACAUGGUUACUGUAGCUUUAACACAAUAAUUAGUCAGGGACAAUCAAAUGGUGUGUGGUAAACAUUUAUUCCAGCCACAAACAUAAUGACUCAAUCACAGAACAGGUUAACAAGUCUGAAAGAAGCUGAAAACAUUAGUUUAGCGUUGAAAGAAGGAAUGAAAUGCAAAUUGUACUAGAGGAUGAACACUUUUCAGUGCAGUGUUCUAGUAAUCCGUGUGUCCAGUAGGGGUCAUGAGUAAAUCUAACUCUUGAUUCUUUUAAUCUGAGUCUGCUGCAGAUUAUGUGCUGCCAUGAAUGUAAUUUCCCCAAAUCACAGUAACAUGUGAGUAUGCAUGAAUUAAUAAUAAGCAACUUGUUUUAGUGUUAAGUGUGUGGACUGAUUACAACAUCAUCUUAUGUACAGCAAAAUGAGCUGCUGCACAGUAAGUAUUUUGGAUUACAAGAUAAUUUUCUCCAUCAAGAGAAAUACCAAGAGUUAUAUGAUCUUGAAGAUGUGUUCAUGUCUUGUUCUGUAUAAUUAGAAAAUUCGGUGACCGUGCUCACUAUAAGAUACUAAAAUGAUAUCCAUUAGUAUUUCCACAUACCUACCUGGAUCUACUGGAAAACCACUUUGACAUUUUGAAUAAACUGUAUGUGCAUAUGUU